GUCUACUUGGUAGUCGGGGGUAAUAGCUGUCGGGGAGUGUAAACAUAAGGAAGUGUGGGUUCCCCUGCCACCCGAGUGGACACAGCAGCUGACCAGCAUACAACAGUCAGCAGCAUCUAACACAAGUCAUCCCCGACCACGCGUGGCGAGCGGCGGACUCACAUCGCUCGGAGCUCUCACUGACAGUGUGUUUCUCUAGCCGUACGGCAGCGGUCUGUCGCUGUGUUGAGUGUUGAUACUCAUGACUUACAACCAUAUUUCUGUGAUGUCUGGAAUACCAUUCUGACUGGAUAUCAACCUGGGCUCUUAUCUGGGCACAAAAUUAGUCUAUAAUUAUCCCAGUGUUAUGGCGAGGGUACUCUAAGAGCCGGAAACUCGUACAUCCGGCGAGUUGACCCGUCCGGGUUAUCGAGUUGCCGUUCCCUCUGCAUUGUCUUAGGGUUACUGUCACUCGGAGACGCCGAAAUAGCGAGUAUACCUGGUAUUGCGUACGGCAAGCUAUAUGUCCGUGUGUACAUAAUUCAUCAGCGAGUGAUUCAGUCACUAUUGUGUUGUAGGCGGGAGAGUCUGUGUGUCGCUAUACCGCGAGUCAGAGACAGCUGGAGUUAGCGCUCGCUUCGAUAACGAGCGACAGAGUGAGAGAGAGAGAAGAACGAGAGAGCGAGAGAAGGGGUCAAAACUGCGAGGCCAAUGAAAUGAAAAUGAACGCUUCACUGGCCGGUAUAUGGAUGUUCGUGAUGAUGUCCCUGCAGACGCUUGGAGAAAGCAGUCUGUCUGUGGACCCCAACAGACCACUCUACAUCCGGGAACAUUCCAGACUGAAGUUGGACUGUACAUAUAAGGGGGACAAUGGUCACAUCAAGUGGACCAAGGACGAUGUCCAGGUGCAAGAGCCCCACUUCGCCACGCACACAUUCAGGACGGCGGCGUUCUCCGGCGGCAAGAUUCAGAUGGUCACCAACUUGACCAUCACCAAGAACAACAUGCUUCUCAGAGACUCGGGAGUCUACGCAUGCGUGUCGGGGUUGGAUAUGAGAGCCGUUCGGGUCAAGGUUUUGAGGGUUCAAACAGGAAGUCACGUGAUCAGGGAUCCUGGAGGGAGCAUCACGCUGCAGUGCGACCCGGCAAGUCAUGACGUCGAUGUCCUGUGGACGAAGAACAUGACGUCACUGAGUCAGCUGCCUGAUCUGUCAGGAAGGAUCUUUCUUGAAGCUAGGAACAGAACUUUAAGAAUACGGAAUGCCUCUCUGGCUGACAGCGGGCAAUACGAGUGUAACCUGAAACCACGGGACGGGGUCGUGCAAGGAAAUCUCAGCUCUAAAGUUGUUUUAAGUGGCAGUCCAUACUUCCCUGAUGGCCACAACGUCUCAGAGACGGUGACGGUGUCUAAAAAACGUCUGGAACUAUACUGCCCCGCGCAAGGAUACCCUGUUCCAAAGGUGAUAUGGUUGGCGGAGGGUGUGCAGUUGAACAACAGCAAGGAGACACAGUUCCUAUCAUACCGCGGAGUCACCGCUGCUGUCUUACUAAUUGAGCAGUAUUUACCCGAAAUUGGGGAGAAUUUUGUUUGUGAAGCGUUCAACCAACAGGGCCGGACUCGGAGAACAUUUGAGAUAUUGUUCGUAAAUUCUGCUCAAACCAUUCAUGCUGUCGAUGCGGUGUUUAUUCUGGCCCUUUUUGUGUCUAUAUCAAUUAAUCUCAAAGGGUUUCAAAGCUGAAUGGCACGAUAAUGAAAGACAAUGUUAUAAACUCCAACAGCCACGCUUACAGCGAGUGUUUCAUGUGUAUGGUUUAACAAGACGUGCGAAUGUUAAUGUUGAAAACCGGAAGUCAUCUGUGCUAUUUUUGUGGUCAUGUGAUUCCAUAGCGGCCUUGACCCCUAUAUGCUUUGGAUCUAGAUACCGGAAGCUUGCACAAUGAAGGGCGCCACCUGGCGAACUUCUUUACAGGUUCAACUUGUGUGACGAACGAGCCAGAUGGGAAGUGUUACCAUCCCCUUGAAGUACUAUGGCAGUGUUAACCGGGAAGGUUGUGAUCCAAGACGAGCUUUGAACAUUGGUGUCAAUAUAUGGGAGGCCGGCGGGUACAUGUCAGACAUGGCCUCUGAAACAUAAUUCUUAUGUUAGUAGUGAAUAGCUUAUCGUAUUAAUUAUGUACAUACAUUAAAUACGGAUGUUAGAAUGGGAAAGCCCAUUUAAAAUUGAAUGUUUCUGAGAUGUCAUAUUGUAAAAUAAUUUAUACGGUUCAGAUGUAUAUAAUUGAUUGCUCGUAUUUAUAUAGCGUGUUUGUAGGGUAAUUUAUUCUUGUUUGCCGUUCUAAUAUUGACUGACGUGUAUAUGAUGAAGCGGUUGAUGCUGUCAGGUAUUUCCGUGCAUACAUGCUCGUGAUUGAUUGCACUUAGAAUUAUUACCAGUGAACGAGACGCGGUAACGCAUAUCCUGCAUGUGUGUGAACCGCUGUUAAAUUCGCUAUGAUUACUUAUUUUGACAACUGAGUAUGUACGAUGGCUGCACAUUUUGCAUACAUUGAUCACAUUGUACUGUCAAAAUCAGGAAACUUCGAAUAAGGCGGCACUGAUGGCCAGGAUUAAGGCGCCGGGUUCGUCUUGCAGAGUUGCGCCCCUUAGGUGUACCAGAAACCUGUGAUCGGGGGUUCGAAUCCCAGAUUCGCCCUGAUUAUGGUUCUAGGUCUGUCAGCAUCAUACCUGUGCGCGUGGGUUUUCACCGUAGUGAUAGCGUUUAAGACCUGCAUCACUUUAGGCUUUCCUUCACAUAAAGUUGACACGUAUUAUAAGUGAAAUACUUUUCAAAACGGCGUUAAACCCAACUCCCUCCCUCACUCAACAGUGAAUACCUUUGUACUCAGACGUAACCAUCCAUCAGGGAACAACUCAUCAAUACAUCUAAGCAUUGACAGAAACCCAAUCUGCUGAAACCUUCAGGGAUUUUUGUAGCCAACUUCCAUUCCAGAAUACACUACAACAUCCUAUGGCUGUCAUUACCAAGUCAGUAUUCUCACCCUUACGUCAAUAAAUGUACGUGGUGUAAGAUUUUAUACUUCGCCCGAGGACCGUAUCUCAAAACAGAACUUGUCUUGUCAGUUGGCGGUUGCUGGUGUCUGCAGCAUCAUUAGCCUGCCUUGGCCGCAUUGAUUAACCACGGCUUACGCACCAUUCGUAAAUGACCUCUUUAGUAAGCUUAUCUCGUAAGGCGAUUAGGCUGGGCGGAAAGUGACGUUGGGGUUAUUAAAACCUGCAUUAAAACCAGAAAUGCACUUGAGGGUUUAGCAGAUUAAAACUUGCUCUGUGGGACUACUUUAAAACCAAAAAGCUCAGGAUGUUUGGGUGGUGUUUUUUUCUUUUGAAUCUAGACAAAGUUUACGGGUUAGGUUUACUAAGCAUUGUUUUACAUAUUAAAUUUAUUGCAGUUAGCUGAAAUCAUUUCGUAACGUCAUGGUGAGUCUGGGGAUAGUUAACGGAUGUCCGUUUGACCUUUACUUUUGUAACUAAAGGGGUUAGUCCUGCGACAGGGAUUAAUUCCCGAUUAUGCGUAUUGAAACAGCAAUGUGUUUGAUCUGGUAAACACUGCAGUGAUUCUAAAGGACAAUCUUCUUACGGCUUAAAGCUACAGGUUCGAACCCAGCAUGCAAUCUAUUUAACCUCCUCGCCGUAUUGAAAGGAACUGACUAUAACGCCUAGGAAAGCUCUUAUUGGGAAGCCCUGAAAGCGGGCACGACCGGGACUAAUUGUUCAUGUCAGGGCAUUUACUGACAGAGGACGAGGCUAGUCCCGCCGGGAAGGUUGCAAUUUAUAAAUUGGCUGAAUGGAGUGCGUGCAAUAAAUUAGAUCUGUUUUUCUUAUCACCAGGCUUCAGUCAGUACUGGGCAGCGUGGUCCAGCAGGGCGACUAUACACGCCUCCAGCAGCAAUAUACCUAGUUUCAUGACGAUUCCUUGCCUUCCCCGUUAUAUUGCAAUGCCAAUACCGUUACGUUUUACCGUUGGAUACAGAUAUGGUAUUUACAUCUCCAUCUCGCUCUGUCAACUGUGGUGCGAUUUAGCGUUUCACUUCAGUGUUGCUCACAUGUGUAAGAAAUGCCCAGAAAUGUGAUUUCGCGUCAGGGCACUUUGUGACCCUCCCGAACUUAGCCCUAUAUUUCACUAUGUUGUGUAAUCGUUGAGAUAUAGGUGCUGCACACAUCCUUGAUAGCUGAUAGACACCAGUUCACACCGUAAAUAGACGGAAUCUGAUCGUCAAAUUAUCCGAAUGUUAAAAGUUAUCAGGAAUAUUGACUGAAAGUAACUUUGAUUGGGACAACAUGUGUGUCAGAUGUGUUGUACAAUCCUACAGUUAAAGCGCUGUGCUGGAUGGUUGGUUAGAAGUUAGGAAAGGAAAAAUUUAAAGAGAAUCAUGUGUGAUUAUGAACUUGCUUUACGUUUAUAGUACUUGUAUUUUAUGCAGGGCAGACGAUAUCCUAGACUAACACUUAGUUCCAGAAAUAAAGUCAUUCAAAAAACGUUAUCUACGAAAUAAAAUCCAAAUGGAGCCCAGAACAAUAUUUGAUUUCAGCCUAAAGCUGAGGUAAUCUAGACUUGCCAAAUCAUUAUAGACUUAGUUGGGAUCAUGUUUUAAUUUAUUCUCUAGGGUCUGGAGACAUCCUUGACGAUUUUGUUAAUGCAUUUUAGCUCUUUUGUGAGGAUUUCAGUCUUUUCGAGCUUAAAUGGGUAGAGUAAUGACAGAAAUAAGACUAAUACUGCAACUAGGUCGGGAGAUAAGUAUCACAAAAACAGGAAACGUGCCCUUAGAUUUGUGUUGGUUCAUUGAUGACAACACGUCUGUUUCUGUGUCCUGCUUCACGUACAUGCAUGCAUGCCGGACUCUGUGAUGUAAAUAUGCCCUCUUAUUAACAUAUGUAAGUAUUAUCACCUUGUAUUAUACCGUGUUGUACAAAGCUACCAUCCACUUCCGUCCUCGUCCGCUUAGAGCGGAAGUUGUCAUUUACAUCCUGUCGCGUGGAUGAUGUCACAGUUGUUACGUGACACGGUAGUGGUUCUAUUUCAUCCUGCACGUAGUGUUCUUAGAAGUGUACCAUUAUGUAUUGGAACAAGCUCGUCUUUGUAUUUACCAAAACGUAAUUAACUUGACACGUGUCAUUGCUUAAAUGGGAAGUCGCUAUAUUGAGGAUCGGAAACGUGUAUUUCCUGGUGUUUCGGUAAGCAACCUGCUCAUUGAGACAGCAGUAUUGUAUUCCGUACAUGUUUCUAAUUUAUUUUGUUGUUGUCGGAUGGGUUUAAGGGAGACUUGGCUCAUGCUGAUCGACACUCCCAACAAUUUUAAACCAAUUUGUUGAAUGCUUAUGUUGUCAUGGAUAUAAGACAAGUAGGUUAUGGUAGUGAAUUGGGGUAUAUUGAUUGUACUUUGUGUUCUUAGGUGAUGUACAUACAGAGUUGCGUCCCUUAGCCAUGUCAGGAUCCGUAGGCUCGAAUCCCUGGUUCGUCCUAAUAAUAAGCCUUAAUGUUUCAGUAUCAUAUGGUUUUGGGUCUCAUUAAAGUGGUAAACAUCUAAAACCUGCAUCACUUCGUGCUAUCCGCCCUUAGCUGACAUAAAGCGCUGUAGCCGAAACAAUGGCGUUAAACAACUCACAAAACUGUUCAGGCAGUUUUUAAGCCAACCGGGUCAAUAUUAAAUUGUCUGUUUUCUGUUACUAUAUAAAACAACCGUUGAUCGCAUUUACAAUGCUGAAAAUUCCAUCGGCGUGGAGUUACAAUUAGAUAAUUGACGGGGCCUCUUCAGACAGAAUGUAGGUUGUCUUUAUCAAGCACCUGUACCAAUCUAAUGGUUAAUUUUGACCCUUAAUUACAUGUAUAAAAGCAAUGAGUUAGAACCUCCAAACCGUGAAAUCACCAUAAAUUACCAUAUAAAGUGAUAGUAUUAAAUAUUGCAGCAGUGACAUAUCGACCGGUAAUUGGUGCCCCACCAAUGAGGGGGCACCCUUCAGCGCGACACCAUGGCGGGGAUUCUUAUGCCGAGGGACACUGACGCUUGUUAACACUUGUUCAUGUGUUCGUGUAGACACAUACAUCACCGUACGGUUAUUUACCGUGUUUAUUUCAAAUGUCACGCUAGGCCCUCCAUAGGAAUUAUUUUUUCUUCUGAUUUUUUUUAUCGAAACCGAUAACGAAAUAACUAAACGACCGGGGAAAGAUAGUAUACAGUUAAACAUUUGACGAAAUAAUUACAAACGUUAUCAAAAUGUUACUAGGCUAAAAAAAGUCGCCGAACACUGAAAACGUAAGGCCAAACACAACGAUGAAAACCUGCAUCAAAUACAUCACCAUCAAAUAACCAUUUGUGUUUGUUUCAGUUUUAGCCAUCAUCAAACGUGGGUGUAUCCUUUUUUUGACCCGGCAGUUAAUACAUGAAUUGUUUUCAAAUACAAUUUGGAUACUUAUGCCUCAAAGAUAUUUCACGAUGUCUUAGAAGAUGUUCUACUUGUGAUUCUUAGUAAAGGGUUUGAUUAAUUCAUAAACAAAUUAUUAAUCAUAUUAAUGUAAUCCUGUAUUAACGGGAAUUCACCAGUGCUGUUUUCAUAAAGGAAAAAAGCGAAUCAUUAACCUCCCUAUGUUGUAUUUUGAAGGCUUGAAGUCAGCAGGAUCCGCUAAUCGUGGGUUCGAAUCCAAACUUCGCCCGAUUGCGAUCCAUGGUUUGUCCAUGGGCUUGACCAAAGUAGUAAACGUUUAAAACCUGCGUCAACGACAUCUUUCCUUCCACAUCGAGCUGACACGCCGUCACUGAAAUAUUGUUUAAUGCGGCGUUAACCUCGCUUAGUUCCCUACUUCAAAACAGUGUGGUCGAUUCGCCGGACAUUGUAAGAGCUAGAACUGAUUAGCGUAUAGACUGAUGGUAUGGCGAGAGGGCUGCUUGAUUUCACUGGGCUAAACUCUGUUUAGUCUUUGUAAUUAUUAUUAUUAAUUAUUAACUUUUUACUACAGUGAUACAUACGGGUGUAGUUUUUAAUGAUGGUUUUAAGAUGAAAAUAUAUAGUUUUAACAAUACUAAUACUCAAUACUUAGGCUAAUAUGAAUAUAGUUUAUGUGUUUCAUUUGUAUUUGGUGAUACUGACGGUUUUCGAUUUUUAAGUUCGGUUUUAAUUUUAUGUUUUCUUUUAUUCCUAUUUGAGCUUCUAUAGUUUAUUAUUUUAACAUUUCCAAAGUAAACAUUGUCAAAAAGUGAUGUUUAACAUUUUAGUCAUGCAGGUAUAGUCUUUUAUGAUGAUAUACACACGCUCAUUUACAAACAUAUUUGGUGAAAAAAUUCCUAACAAAUGCACCAACAUUCCACAUAUACAAUACGUGUAGCAGAAUAACUAGAAGUAGGAUUUGCGAUGUGGUUUUUAAGUGCUUUUUUAGUAUCAAAGAGCGGUUGUGAAAGGGGAGGUAACUCGUGAUCUUUCCCUUGACUUAUAGGGCGCCAACACUACCGUCACACCUUCGCCGUUAUCAUAUUCUGUGAAAUCUGAGAACAAUGUGUAACUUGUCUUAAUUUUAAAAUUCUGACAUAAAUGUUAUUACUUGUAAAUCAAUUGUCAUCUAUGUAAUAUUGACCAAGCCUUACAAGACGACUUAGUGUGUUUUGUCUGUUUCUUGUUAGACCUUUCUGUACAUGUGUAUCAUAGCAACGUGGUGGUUAUUUGACUUAUACUUAACUUAUUUGUGUAUGUUGUACAGAUGUUUGUGUGUAAAUAGUGUGUACAGUUGUCACGAGUAUCACCCUAGCGUCACCAUGGUGACCCCAUUGCGGAUCUGCCAACGAGCGUGGGUAAAUGGAGAGAAUAGGGGCCUCUGUGACAUGGACAAUCCCCGACACAGGUGACGUCCGUCGCUCUGUUCAUACAUGAUACCAUUCGCCACCACUCGCCCCUUUCCGUAACCUCGCUAUUCGGCUUGUCCCGGAAUAACACGAGUUGGUCACGAAUGACAUGAUAUAAGCCGUUAUCCUCUGGGUGAGAGGUCAGCCAGGGCGACUAAAAUGACAGGGAAACCCCGAUUAUCAACACCUUUUAAUCCGGAGUCCUCGUAUUCCGAUUUCAAAGGGAAUGCCUACACGCGUAACAAUAGCCAUAUUGGGACGUACCUAUUCGUUGAAGCGAAUAUUUUUAUUCCGGGCAAUUUCGCCUGUCGCUGUUCCUUCCGGAUGAAUCGGGUUUCACUGUAACUUAUUUCCAAAAUAAGCAGUAAUAAGCAGUUAGUGUUGGUGUGAAUGGGGAAAUUCGGAUGUAACGAACUAUACAUGUCUCGAAUAGUUCGUAAUAUCCUGGAUAACGUGGGUCUAUUAUUGCUGUGAUUUGCCGUGAUGACGGUAUCAGCCGUUAAAGGGGGUUUGCGCUCGGGCAAGUAGCAGCCCCAGCUUUGUUGACUGCUAACUUAUAGUCCGUGAUAAGUUCCGUCUUUAAGUCCACGGUGAUCCGGACAAUACAGUGUCAUGGGACAUGGACACCAGGCUGGGAACAUAGCCCUCCUUUAACGACCCCAAGGGGUUUCUGUGGCCAAGUGGUUAAGGACCACUUUCCGUUCGGCGUUUUAGUAAUGCAGGAUCCGCAGCUCGUGUGUUCGAAUCCAAGUUAGCCCUGAUUUUCUUUCUUGGUUUGGUAGCACCAUACCCUACUCGUUGGUUUCACCAAACUGGUAAACUCCGACAGUCUGCAUUGGUUUGAGUUGACACGUGUCGCUAAAAGUCAACAAACCCACUCACUCCCGGUAGUGACACAUGAAUGUGGUAGGUUAUAAAAAACAACAUUAGAAAUUAGUCAUAACAAUUGCACGUUCUGCCACAGCACCAUGUACCAUUGUGUAAGGUUAUUAAUACUACCCACAUAUGUAUACUGUGUCAGGGGCUAUGCUGUCUUGCUUAACGGCCCUGACUGAACAUAAGUAUUGUGUAUCGUGACAUAUAUAUAUCAAUAUAAUAUAAGGUUUUAUAAACUGUGAGAAUAUGCGGGCGUGUUUUGAUUCCAGCAUGCAUCAGAUUAAUGUUGUAAUAGAUAAGCUGUCAGCUAUAUAUCCAUACCAUGUCCAUAUGUAGCCUUAAAUAUACUCAACAUCAAUAAUAUGCUACUGAUGCUUGCAAUAUAAACACUCCCUUUACUGUCGACAGCAAAGUUAACGGGAUUUUCAGAUAAGCACUAUUAUGAUGCGUCAAUAUCCCAAACCGUCUUAGCGGUCGGCUCUCAUACUGACGUUAAAGAUAGAGUUGUCGUUCUUGUUCUUAUUCUGCUAUUUAACCUGCCACACAACAGUUCAUACUUCAUGCUGUGUGUGGCAUUUUCUUUGUAUGUAAUUUCACCACGCCCUUGACAAUCAUAGACUUAACAGCUGCUGUAUCAGGCACCAGGAGAAGCACAGUCGCCCGACCCUAGUCCGUAGCCCCACCCAACUGCCCCACCCAUGCACUCGGUGCCCCACCCCCCACCCCCAUCUCCAGAAAUACUCUAGUUGGUUUGAAUGUUAUAUGCAAACAUGUUUGUAAGCAAUCAGCCCGUACUGUUUAUUCAUGUUUUGAUUUUGCGAAAGAUGCUAUUUUUGUAUAAUAAAGAAAAUAAACAAACUCA